UAUGAGGCAAUGGGACAGAAUUGAAAGUGAAGGAAACAUUUGGGCCUCUUUUGCAGGUGAUGAUGAGACAAGUAUAGUUCAUAUGGCCUCACUUCAUCAUUAUUUCGAUUAUUGUGGUGGAAAUCGUAUCGGUGAUGACCUUUAUACAGAUUCAGUCAUUGCUCUGCAAGCUCAUUCAAGAGUAAAACUGAGGCAUAACAGUCUGUUAAAUAACUAUAUCUUGACAUUAAGGGAUAGAAAGGCUGGAACGACUAUCAGUAAUAUUAAAAAAGUGAGACAAGCUAUAAAAAUCGUCCUAUACUAUCAAUUUACACAAACUUUAUUUAUUUACUUCGGAAAAGAAGUUAUCGUUUACUUUAUUAUUGACUUUGAAAAAAAUAGGUUCCUGGGCAAAGUUGCAAGGAAAGCGCAAACAAAAACCAGUUGGAGAUUUAGGUCGAUCGGAGAGAGAACUCAGUUCGAUAUGAGUCUGGUCAAUUAUAGUCUAUUCAACAAUACAGAAUCUUGUAUUGACAUUCUAUUGGAUGUUAUGAAAGUUUAUAAUGGUUUUUUUGACAGCGAACCGUCUUGGUUAAUACCGUGUCACGUAGGUCCCUACGCAACCAUGAUUGGCAUAAAUUUAAAUAACACAACUAUCAAAUGGAAAGCUUUCUCCCUACAAUUGAUUCCUGGAAGCGACGCUGUAAUGGGAGCUGGUUCGGAAGACCAUAAAAUUUUAAGCGCAUGA